GCGAUUGUUGUGAGCUCCCUUUUCCACCCCCUUGACUUCCUUGCUCUCGACCUCAUACCCCCUCCACCCCCUCCCCCUUGCCCGCCAUGUCGGGGAAAAUGACAUUGUACAAGUUGGUGGUGUUGGGCGAUGGAGGUGUUGGAAAAACCGCUCUUACGAUUCAGCUCUGCCUCAACCACUUCGUCGAAACAUAUGACCCGACCAUCGAGGACUCCUACCGCAAACAAGUCGUCAUCGACGGACAGUCGUGCAUGCUCGAAGUGCUGGACACCGCGGGCCAGGAAGAAUACACCGCGCUACGGGAUCAGUGGAUCCGAGAUGGUGAAGGUUUCGUGCUGGUGUACAGCAUCACGUCGCGCGCCUCCUUCUCGCGCAUCACCAAGUUUUACAACCAAAUCAAGAUGGUCAAGGAGUCUUCCAGCUCCGGAUCCCCCUCCGGCCCCAACUACCUGGCUUCCCCCAUGAAUACCUCGGGCGGACCGCCCCUGCCCGUGCCCGUGAUGCUCGUCGGCAACAAGAGCGACAAGGCGGUGGAGCGCGCCGUCUCCGCACAGGAGGGCCAGGCCCUUGCGAAGGAGCUCGGCUGCGAAUUCGUGGAGGCAUCGGCGAAAAACUGCAUCAAUGUCGAAAAGGCCUUUUAUGAUGUUGUACGCAUGCUGCGACAGCAGCGGCAGCAGGCGCAGGGCGGUCGGGGUCAGGACCGUCGCCCGACUGGCUUCGGGUCGGGUCGCGACCGCAACGCAGAGGCCGAGUAUCCGAAGCCUUUCCGGACAGACCACCGAUCGCGGCAUCGCAGUCGACUGCAGUGCGUCCUCCUAUGAGCGGCCGGGUCCGUCCGGGAGGGUAUUACGUGCCUCUUGCCUCCAUGAUAGCUGUCCUAACUUUCCUAUAUGUCCUUUCUUAUAUAAUUCUGUUGGUCUCGGGUGCAUUUGGAGGGUGGUUCUGUCUUUUGGUUACAACCUCGUUUGGCGUCGGCGGCCUCUUUCCUCCCUCGACCGUGCUUCAUAUCAUCCGCUCCGCUUGCCAUCGCAGAGCUCUGGAGAUG